CCCGCUUCUUUCCGGGGAUCCCCCCGGCACAGGCUCUGCCCCCCCCCGCUUCUUCCCGGGGAUCCCCCCGGCACAGGCUCUGGCCCCCCCCACUCCUUCCCGGGGAUCCCCCCGACACAGGCUCUGCCCCCCCCCGCUCCUUCCCGGGGAUCCCCCCGACACAGGCUCUGCCUCCCCCCCGCUCCUUCCCUUGGAUCCCCGCAAUCCAGGCUCUGCCCCCACCACUCCUUCCCAGGGGUCUCCCCUAACCCAGGUGCUGCCCCUGCCUACUCUGCCCCCUGUCCCUUCCUGGGGAUCCCCCUGGCACAGACUCGGUCCCCCCCACGCUUCUCGGGGAUUCCCCCUCUGCACAGGCCGUGCCCUCCCUGUCCCUUCCUGGGGAUCCCCCCAAUCCCAGGCUCUGCCCCCGCCGCCCCUUCCCGGGGAUCCCCCCGGCACAGGCUCUGUCCCCCCCACCCUUCUCGGGGAUUCCCCCAAUCCCAGGCUUUGCCUCCCUGUUCCUUCCCAGGGAUCCACCCAAACUCAGGCGCUGCCCCUGCCUACUCUGCCCCCCAUCCCUUCCUGGGGAUCCCCCAGUCCAGCUCUGCCCCCCCAGUCCAGGCUCUGGCCCCCAGGCCUUUCCUGGUGGCUCCUAUCUCAGGUCCCUGUCCCCCCAGCCCUGUCUUCACACAGAGUGGCAGAGUUACCCUAAGCAGCUCUCCCCCCUGCCCCCCUCCUCACAUCCCCAUUCCUGUGACUGUGGCCUGCUGAGUUGGGGACUGGGGUACAGGGGCCACGUGUCCCCUCCCUCUCCAGGCUGGCGAACCCGCCGGAGGCCAUGCCCAGGGACCUUCAGCAGACCCCCAUAGAAGAAAGGAGGAGCAUCACUGACUCUCUCAUCGCCCAGAGAAACCUGUCCUGCCCUGCAGAAAAAGAGACCCCAGAGAGCAUAUCCAAGGCCUUGGCAUCUCUGCUAACCAUCCGCUUGGACAGGGAGAACAUUUGCGCUAUCAGCAACCUGCAGGGUCUGAGAGAGGUCCGCAGUCUCUACCUGCAAGAGAACCAAAUUGAGACUAUUGAGAAUCUCAGCUGCCUUCCCAACCUCCGGUUCCUCUCGCUGGCUGGGAACCGUAUCCGGGUAGUGGAGAACCUCCAGGACCUGCGGCAACUGCAGUUCCUGGACCUGUCGCAGAACCGGAUCGAGACACUGGACCCUGAUGAGCUGCCCUGGACCCUCUGCAUCCUGAACUUAUCGGGAAACAGGUGCACCCACCAGAAUGGCUACAGAGAGUUGGUGCUCGGGGCCUUGCCCCAUCUCAUGAAGUUGGACACCCAGCUUGUCCCCAGCUGGAGGGACCCUGACCCAGCGGAGGAGGAGGAGGGAGCUUCUGAUGACAGUGACUCUGAGGAAGAUGAUGAUGUCCCUGAGCUGACUGGUCCUUUCUGUGCAGACAAAGAGUUCUUUGCGGGUCUCCGGCAGGAGCUGGCUGGCCGCUCACAGAGGAGGCGGCAGGAGGCUCUAAGCGAACACCAGGCCCGGCUGGAGGAGCUCACAGAGCGACAGAGACUGAUGCAGCUGCCAGGAGAUCUGGGCCCAGGAAGCCGGAAGGGCCCAGAGGAGGAGGGAGCUUCAGGGGGGAGAUCGCCAGCCCCUGGGCUGCUUGAAAUGCACCCCAAGUCCGGAUCUCGGCUGCUUUCUCUACCAAAGGCAGGGGGCUCUACGAGGUCUGGCACCCCACGCGCUGGCGGGCAGAGUAAGCGUGGGAGCGGGGCCCGCCUCAAGCCCCCGAAAGGGGAGGCUUCCACCAUCGUUAAAACUGCAGCCAGAGCAGCAAAGAAGUGACUGAAGCCCAGCCAGCCCCCGCAAAGGCACAUGGGGGACUGACCACGCCGGCCUGGACAAAACAGCACAGUGGCGCUUGUGAUUGAAAUGUAAAACCUCUUUAUUCCACCUCA